AGGAGGAGGAGGAGAAGAAGGAGGCCGAGGAGGGCCGCCCAGGACCCGGCGUUGGACUUUCGGCCCCCCCAACCGCCUUUCAAACCCCCGCUCCCCGCCGGGCCUGGCCUGCCGCAAAGAAGAUUUCUGAGUUUCUUCAGUCAGACCCUUUCCUGCAAGCUGAGAGUUUUCACCAAGUGUUUAUUUCAAGUAAGAGGAAAAAGGAGAAGCUUUUCAAAUACCAAGAGAUUUCAGCAGAAGAUAGACAAGGAUCAUUGGAAUAAAUUUUAAAUACAGUUUUGGAGUUUCUGCGGCUGACUGUCAUUACAACAUCUGCUUUAUAUCCUUAAAUUUCAGCUUUCGCUUGACAUCCCUACCUGGACAAAAGUUAUUCUUUAAGCGCUAUUUUGUACUGAUACAGUCUUAAUGUUGUAAUGAUUUAUUUCAAGGUAUAGCAGGCGCUUUGUGGUCUGUGAGGGAGUGAUUGGAACUGUAAGGAGCCCCUUAGAAGGCAGCUAUGGAGAAAAUGGCUAGGGUGACCACGGCCCUAGGUGGCAAUACUAUCACAGGACGGACUAUGUUCUGCCACCUGGAUGCCCCUGCCAAUGCAAUUAGUGUGUGUCGUGAUGCUGCCCAGGUGGUAGUCGCCGGGCGCAACAUUUUUAAGAUCUACUCCAUAGAAGAGGACCAGUUUGUGGAGAAACUGAACUUGCGUGUUGGCCGCAAGCCGUCCUUGAAUUUCAGUUGCGCCGACGUGGUGUGGCACCAGAUGGAUGAGAACUUGCUGGCCACAGCAGCCACCAACGGUGUCGUCGUGACCUGGAACCUGGGCAAGCCGUCCCGUAACAAACAGGACCAGCUUUUCACUGAACACAAACGGACAGUCAACAAAGUGUGCUUCCACCCCACGGAGGUGCAUAUGCUUCUCAGUGGCUCCCAGGAUGGCUACAUGAAAUGUUUUGACUUGCGCAAGAAAGACUCUGUUAGCACAUUCUCAGGUCAGUCGGAAAGCGUGCGUGAUGUCCAGUUCAGCAUCCGCGAUUACUUUACCUUUGCUGCAACCUUUGAGAAUGGUAAUGUCCAGCUGUGGGACAUUCGACGGCCAGACCGCUACGAGAGGAUGUUUACAGCUCACAAUGGGCCCGUAUUCUGUUGUGAUUGGCAUCCAGAGGACAGGGGCUGGUUGGCGACAGGGGGCCGAGACAAGAUGGUGAAAGUCUGGGACAUGAACACCAACCGGGCCAAAGAGAUCUACUGCGUACAGACCAUUGCCUCCGUGGCAAGAGUCAAAUGGCGGCCGGAAUGCAAGCACCACAUUGCCACGUGCUCUAUGAUGGUGGACCACAACAUUUACGUGUGGGACAUACGUCGCCCUUUCAUCCCCUCGGCCAUGUUCGAAGAGCACAAAGAUGUCACCACAGGGAUCGUCUGGCGUCAUCUCCACGACCCUUACUUCCUCCUGUCCGGCUCCAAGGAUAGCACUCUUUACCAGCAUAUCUUCAAGGAUGCCAGCCAGCCGAUUGAACGAGCGAACCCCGAAGGGCUUUGCUACAGCCUUUUCGGGGACCUGGCCUUUGCUGCCAAGGAGAGCCUCAUCGCCUCGGAUUCGAACCGCAAGCCUUACACGGGCGACAGGCGCCAUCCGAUAUUUUUCAAGCGCAAACUGGACCCCACGGAGCAGUUCGAGUUCAUCUCCUCUUCCAGCGCCCUGAGCGUCUUUGAAGCAGACACUGAGUGCGAUGCAGGCAGCAUGGACUGGUUCGUGCAGACAGCCAAGCAGUACGUGCUGACGGGGAGGCCCCUGGCCGAGCUGUGCGACCACAAUGCCAAAGUCGCCAAAGAGCUUAAGCGCAACCAGGUUGCUCAAACGUGGACGAUGCUUCGUGUCAUUUACUCUACUCCUAGUACGGUGCCGGCUGUAAAUUUAAAUCACAGCAUAGGAAAGAGCAGCUCCAGUCUCCCACUAAUGAACAGCUUUAACUUGAAAGACAUUCCAUCUGGGAUAGGCAGUGAGUCGAGGCUGGAGCGAAACAAGGGGGAAGGCCGCCCUGAAAACAUCCUCAUGGAUUCUUCCUCUACCUUGAUGAACAACGAUGAGAAUGAAGAGACCGAGGGCAGCGACGUCCCCGUGGACUAUCUCCUCGGGGACGUGGAAGGCGAUGAAGAUGACCUCUAUAUGAUGGACCAUGAGAACCAACACACCGAAGAACAAGAGUACAUCCUGCCCCAGGAGGCUUUCCCUUUGCGUCACGAGAUCGUGGACAACCCCUCGGCGCUGGACCACCUCCAGGACAAAGCAGAUUCCCCCCACGUCAGUGGCAACGAGGCAGAGACCGUCUCCCUGACCCCCGUGGAGUCCUUCUCCCUCAUCUCCAUCUCUCACUCCCUCUACGAGAACCGCCUGCCAGCGGACUUCUUCAGCCCCAUUGUGCGCAACAUGUUGCUCUUCUACGCGGAGCAGGGGGACGUGCAGAUGGCCGUAUCCGUGCUUAUCGUGCUGGGGGAUCGCAUCCGGAAGGAGAUUGAUGAUCAGGCACAGGAGCAUUGGUACACGUCCUACAUCGAUCUGUUGCAGCGUUUCCAGCUGUGGAACAUCUCCAAUGAGGUGAUCAAACUGAGCACCUGCAGGGCCAUCAACUGCCUCAAUCAGGCCUCCACCACCUUGCACAUCAACUGCAGCAACUGCAAACGGCCCAUGAGUAACAAGGGAUGGAUUUGUGACAGGUGCCGCCAGUGUGCCAGCAUGUGCGCUGUGUGCCACCAUGUGGUGAAGGGCCUAUUUGUUUGGUGCCAGGGUUGCAGUCAUGGCGGCCACCUGCAACACAUCAUGAAAUGGCUAGAGACCAGUUCUCAUUGCCCGGCGGGAUGCGGCCACCUCUGUGAAUAUACCUGAACCUAUUGGCGGUUGUGUCUGCUGGAAAGCCAGACUCACUCCACGGGCGGCUCAGAUCUGCGUCUGAGAGCCUCGUCCUUCUGGGAAGCCCUGGAGAUGCAGUUGAAGCAUUAGCUUCAUGAGAGGACUUAGUAGGUUGCAUGCCGUAAAGAGAGAACUACCUUCUUUGCUUCACAGAAAUCAGCGAAAUGCCUAACGUGUGCAGGAUUGCAGGAUUCUUCUGCGAAGCUUCACCCAGUCACCUUUUCCUAUUUAUUUUUUUACUGUGACGUAAAUGGGUUUCGUUACCACAUUUCUACAUAGAACUACUUCUUAAAAAGUCAAGAUGGCACCAGAGACCUUCGCCUCAAUUUUUAUAUUGAAAUAAAAGCAAUAGUGAAUUUUU